AGAGGAAGAGAGAGAAAGAAAGAGGGAGGAGAGGGUCUUUGAGUGAGAGAGAUAAAGUAGGAGAGCUGUAUCCAUGGGUGGUUGAGCAAAAGUGAGAGAGACGCAGUGCACACCAGCAGUGCUUCUGAGAGAGAAAGAGAGAGAGAGAGAGAGAGAGCAGUAAGUCACACAAAUACAGAGAGAGAGAGUGAGAGAGGGUAAAGGAGGGAGAGGGAAACAGAGGGAGAGUGCGCGCAACACAGCAGAGGAGUCCGCGUACAGUGAGGAUGGGAGGAUCGCAAGGAGAGAAAAGAGAGAGAGAAAACAUAGAGGGAUGCUAUCGCUCCACUCCUCCUCCUCAAACCUUUUCCUUCUCAUCACUUCUUUAAUAUGGCUGGACCUGUCCUUCAGAUGUCCAUGGCAUGAACUACUGACAUUACAUACGGUCUCGCACAUGUGAAAACUGGGGCGCAGCACUGAAAACCCACAACCUGAACCAACGUGAAGUCUCUCACGGAGCACAUUUUACCACCGCAUCCAAACAGCGAGUACUGCGUCCAUCAUCUUUUUCCACUGCGGAGCCAUUACGGGGGGGAAAUUACGAGGUUAGAGCGCAGACGAGGCUAACAUAAAGCCUUAAUUCCUGCAGACAUAGAACAAAUCCCUUUGUUGGAGGGUGAAAGGAAUCCUUUUUAGCCGCCAAGAACGUGUAUUCUCCUGACCCCUUUUGAAAGCCAAGCCCUUUUUUCAAAACACAAAGACUUUGGAGACACACCUGCAGUUCGAAAAAAUCUCAAGGUUAUUAUUGCAUGGAAAUGGAGUACCGCAAGGACUAUUCAACAGAUGAUCCUGGUUUAGAGCCGGCCGUCUGUCGUUGAUUACCCGCUGAGGAGUCAAUGAGACUCUGCACUGAUCUGAGAAACGAAGAAUCCCAAGGACUCCUGUUAAUACAGUUGCAUAGCCCUCUCUGUGACCCAUCUGGGGCUCGUAGAGGAGGGAGAAAAUAAACUCUUUCAGUGAAUUUCAACCCUUCCUAGGAGUCUCUGUUUUGAAAGCAAAAGGGCUGACAUGGACCCUCUGAGCCAUACAGCUCUCAAUUUCCCCGCAGUAAAUAAAGACGCCUAUGAGAUUGAUUACUCCAUUUAUGGUUCGGGUCAAGUGAAUACAUAUUUUUGUUUGCAUUUAUCCCGUUAAAGACCAACCCACAGAAGCGAUGGACGUUCUGGGGUUUAACAACAGCAGGUACGACGCCUAUCCAACGGGCCUCCCGUUCAACGCCACUGGCGACUACGAGGACUACGAGCCGGAGCCCGACGCCAGCAAGAUCAUCAUCCCGUCCAUCUAUGCGCUGGUGUGCUGCGUGGGCGUGACGGGCAACGGCAUGGUGAUCUACGUGAUCCUCAAGUACGCCAAGAUGAAGACGGCGACCAACAUCUACAUCCUGAACCUGGCCAUCGCCGACGAGCUCUUCAUGCUCAGUGUGCCCUUCCUGGCCACGUCGGCCGCCGUGCACCACUGGCCGUUCGGCUCACUCAUGUGCCGCCUGGUGCUCAGCGUGGACGGCAUCAACAUGUUCACCAGCGUCUUCUGCCUGACGGUGCUGAGCGUGGACCGCUACAUCGCCGUAGUGCACCCCAUCAAGGCGGCGCGCUACCGCCGGCCCACCGUGGCCAAAGUGGUGAACGUGUGCGUGUGGGGGCUGUCGCUGCUCGUCAUCAUGCCCAUCAUAGUCUUCGCCGACACCGUGCCGGCGGAGGACGGCGGCGUGGACUGCAACUUCCUGUGGCCCGAAGCGUCAUGGUCGGAGGUGUUUGUCGUCUACACCUUCCUGCUGGGCUUCCUGCUGCCCGUGGCCGCCAUCUGCAUGUGCUACUGCCUGAUCGUGGUGCGGAUGCGCGCCGUCGGCCUGAAGGCAGGCUGGCUGCAGCGCCGCCGCUCGGAGAAGAAGAUCACGUGCAUGGUGCUGCUAGUGGUGGCCGUGUUCGUCAUCUGCUGGCUGCCCUUCUACAUCGUGCAGCUGGUCAGCGUCUUCAGCCGGCCGCCCGACCCCAUUGUCACGCAGCUCUUCGUCAUCCUCAGCUACGCCAACAGCGGCGCCAACCCCAUCCUCUACAGCUUGGUGUCCGACAACUUCCGCCGCUCCUUCCAGCGCAUCGUCUGCUUCCGCUGGCUGGAGAACGGGCUGGACGCCGAGCAGGUGGACUACUGCGCUGUGGCCCUCAAGCGCCAGGCCACACUGGGGCCCCGGGACUUCCCCAAAGAGUGCCUGGCUUCAGAGAUGGUGUUUCGCAAUGGGACCUGCACGUCACGCACCACCACUCUGUGACUGGAGCAGACCUGCAGUACCAGCCAGGUUUCCAGACAAGGACAUCAGGACAGUGGCUCAACAUUACAGUGAAUGCUGCCUCCUGCAUUAUCUAGCAAAGUAAAAAAAACGAAUUAAUUGAAUUGAACUGAGUAAUGUAUGAUAAUGUAGAACAACCGUAACCUUAACCUCUACACUGUAAAUUUGACUGUAAGUACAGGAUGUUCUACAGUCACUGAUUUAAACCUUAAGUGUGAUAAUUGUCAUGAUAAUGAUAAUGAUUAUUGUAAAAACAAAGGCUGCUAGAACACAGAAAUAUGACAAGAGAAAAAUGUCAUCACACAUAUUGCUUUUCGACCAACAGGGAACUAGUUCUUGAACCAGUUCCGUUCUGGAUUAUUUGGCCCUUAGUGCUAUCUAGCGAACCAGCUUGCGUUUCCACCUGUUUUGAAGGGAACCAUUGUAAUCAAGGAUGUGUCAUCAACAGAGAGUGUUGCAGAAUGGACAACGGAAUCAAAUAGUACUAGCAAGAUGGCGAAUGGCAUUGAUUACCUGAAAGCUUUUGUUGCGUUCUGCUUCUUCCCCAAACUGUACAAUGACACAUCCAUUAAUGUCAUCAUGGUUUGCACUGGAAAAAAACAGCUAUCUUUUGCUUCAAGCUGGGAACAAAGUUCUGAACUGAUUUAGUUUUGGUCAAAAUAAAGCCAAACUUUGGUGCGCGAACCAGAAUGGAACCAUUCCCUGUUGGUGUAAAAGGGGAGUCCGUGAUGUAGAUUAAAUUGGCAGUGGUGUUCACCUACUUCCUAUUCUGAACGUUGUCUUUGGAUCACCAUAUAAAAAGUUUCAACAGACAGAGAGGGAAAUGAUAGGCAAGCAGAAGGGCAGAGUCACGUUGUAAAACUGGACCACUAAUCCCUACAAAGACUAGGUUUAAAGUCUCCCCUUCACAGUCACUUGGGGAAUUGUCUGAGAUUUUGACUGAAAAAAUGUGCUGGAAACAUCCUGGCAGGAGAAAAAUGAAAGAGAGAGAGAAAGAGAGGGAGAGAGAGAGAGACAGAGAGAGAGAGAGAGAGACAGAGAGAGAGCGAGCUUUUAAGGAAGCAGCAGUGAAGAGAUGCGAAGUCAUAAAAAGCACAAAGGCUCAGUGUAUCUGUCAGUGGAGCUCAACUCAAGACCAGCAUGGGCACAGGCCGUGCAUCAUACGUGAUCUUCUCAUCGGAGGUGGUCCAGCGAUGUAUGGUCUGUAGCUUUGACGUCGCACAGUCACACUGGUUUUUAGAUGGGUUUGUUGUCUGCGUGUCACUAUUUUAAAUGCUGUUUUUUUUUUUUUUUUUGUAGAUCAUGAUCCUGCAGUGCAAUGUGUUGCAUUUAGGACCGUUUCGUGUCUCUGUGUUUGUAGCUUUAUGCAUUUGUUCUCUCUGUGAAUCUGUUUUGUUUUCAUGCCAGGGUGAGACAAAAUUGCAUUGGUCUACUGUGUUGCUUAUGUUUGCACAAUGACUCUCAAUGAUUGUCAGCCAAAGAAGUGUGUGUGCUCAGGCAUAAGCUCAUCCAAACACACACACA